CUCCACCACUGAGCUGUGUCUCCACCACUGAACUAUGUCUUUAUCCUUGUUUUUAGUUUUUACCCUUUAAAAAACAAGGGUACACAGAAAAAAACCUUUCUCAAAAAACAGCAACAAAACAAAAAUAAAACAAAAGAAAGAAAAAAAGAAGUCUUACUGUUAAAAAAGAUUCAGCCUCCUUAGAGGUUUUGAAUGCCUUUUCAUUUGGAAUGACUUUUCCUGGGCCAUCUAUAGCUUUGUUUUGCCUUUGUGAAGGCUUUAAGAACAUACAAAUUCUUUCCCAAUUGGCAAAACCAGAGACAGUUUCCCGUGCUUCAUGUGCAUAUGUGCCGUUCAUUUCUGUGGUUUUGGCAUUCUCUCUCAAUAAAAUGGGGUUAGGUAAAAUAAACUCUUUUCACAUCUGAGGGGCUCAUAGAAGGUCAGAACCUCACAGCUCAAACACAUUUUUUAAUGGAUGCCUUCCAUAGCCAAAUUCUACCAUCAGUCUUAGAACUAAGGGCUGGUUAUGGGGAUGUCAAAGAAAAAUACUGGGUGAUUAAAGAUGACCAGACAGGUGGAUAAAAUUUGGAUUGGGUUUAGGGGUACCUUGUACUACAGGAAAUUCUACUCUCCAAGGCUCUACUUAUCCAGAUCCUCGGUUGACUUGAAGCUUCAGUUUCAAGUUGAGUACAUUUUCCAUCCAUGGAUUUGCUUGUUUUGUUCAGUUUUACUUUGAGUAGUUGAGGUCGUCUUUACGACGUAACAGCUUAACCCACGGCUUCCUUUCUCGUAAAACCAAAACAAAAAGGCUCUCUAUUCAUGUGCCAUGUGUAUGUGGUACACAUAUGUAGCACGUACCUGGGAUCAAAGCUGUCUCUAUAUAAAGUCCUUGAACCUGUGUGGGUUCAAACACAUUUCAAAGCCUCACGAUCCUGAAAGGUUUCACUCUACUUCCUGAAGACCUGAGCACGGUUCCCAUACAGCCAUGGCUUGUCUUGGAGUUCAGAGGAGCAAGGUUCAACUGCAGCUGGCUUCCAGGACUUGGCCCUUUGUAGUCCUGCUUGCUUUUCUCCUCAUUCCAACCUUGUCCAAAGCCAUACAAGUGAGCCAACCUUCAGUGGUAUUGGCCAGCAGCCAUGGUGUUGCCAACUUUCCAUGUGAAUAUACAUCAUCACACAACACUGAUGAAGUGCGGGUGACAGUGCUGCGGCACACAAAUGGCCAGAUGACUGAGGUCUGUGCCACGACAUUCACAGUGAAGAAUACAUUGGGCUUCCUAGAUGACCCCUUCUGUAGUGGUACCUUCAACGAAAGCAAAGUGAACCUCACCAUCCAAGGACUGAGAGCUUCUGACACUGGACUGUACUUCUGCAAGGUGGAACUCAUGUACCCACCACCAUACUUUGUGGGCAUGGGCAACGGGACCCAGAUUUAUGUCAUUGAUCCAGAACCAUGCCCAGAUUCCGACGUCCUCCUUUGGAUCCUUGCUGUGAUUAGUUCAGGGUUGUUUUUCUACAGUUUCCUGAUCACUGCUGUUUCUUUGAGCAAAAUGCUAAGGAAAAGAAGUCCACUUACAACAGGGGUCUAUGUGAAAAUGCCCCCAACAGAGCCAGAAUGUGAAAAGCAAUUUCAGCCUUAUUUUAUCCCCAUCCACUAGCAGACCAUUUAUGAUGAAGAAACGCCGUACUUCAGCCUCUAAAAGCUGAGGCAGUUUCAACUUUCUUUUGCUCUCCAGCUAUUUUUACUCACUUGUGUAUUUUAAGGAGAAUAUGCCUCUCUUUAAUAUGAAGCUGGAUGCAAAGUUCAAUUUAAGCAUACUACAAUUUAAAGCUAAGGGCCAAGAACAGAGAGCUGGGAUAUUUCUGUAUGUCAGAGCAAUUUUAGUGAAAGUAUCACUUGGAAGCAACUUAAGGAUGUAGCAUUAUGAUUUGAGGUCAAGGAAAUGUUAGGGAAUGGCACUGUCCAAAGAAGGAAGGGGGUAGAGGAUGGGGUUAUAUUGUCCACACCUUGUAUUUACCUGUGAGAUGUUUAUGACUUAAAUAAUUUUUAAAAUUUUCAUGCUGUUAUUUUUUGAUGAAUGUGUAGUUAUGUGACAAUUUAAAAAUUUAUCCACAGAGCUAUGUGAUAGUCAGUUAUUCCAAUGGUUACGUUGUUCCAACAUGUAUUUUAACUGCUAUUGAACAUGUUUCAUGUGCUGUUAUGUAUUUGCUGAUGGUUUGAGUAUAAACACUAUAUAUUAGUGUCUUCCCACAGUGGGUUCUGGGGAAAUUUUAUUGGGAAGUUCAGGACACUAAUACAUUAGGUAGGAACAAGGUCCUUUGUUAACUGGCUUGGAAAUUGGACAAGGCUAUGGAUCAGUGCUCAGAUGUACUAAACUGGUGUUGACUUCAGCACUGGGUUUUUACACUCAUUGUUUUUUCUUUUUUUGGUUUAUUUUUGUUUCUAUUUUUGUUUUCUUCAAUGAUUUGCAAGAAAAUCAAAGCUGGUAGUGUCUGUGUGAACCUUGACAGAACACUGUUUUCAAGGAACUGCCUUACUCAGGAGUCUGACCUUCUAGGAAGCUCCAGUACUGUGGCCCCUACUCCUCACAGACACAAAGUUAAUAGCACAGAAAGAAGAAAUCAGCAGGAGGUAUAAUUGGGUCCAUGACAGUUUCUGAAAAUUAACACUGUUGGUGUUUUUUAACUCAAUAUUUUCCAUGAAAAUGCAACCACAUGUAUAAUAUUUUUAAUUAAAUAAAACUUUUGGUUAUUGUUUUAUGCCUUUAUCAA